AUGGCCUCCGGAGCUUGCAGAGGACCACAACCGUGCUGCAUACCACCAUGUUUACCUCCUCCGUGCUGUCCCCAAGCGUGCGUAAAAAGUGCUGAUAUGUGCGACCGCAUGCAGCAAGACGCGAUUAAUUUAGCCAUGCAAGCCAUGUAUUUGUACACCCUCGAAAGAGAUAUAGCAGCUUAUGUCAAAAAGGAAUUCGAUAAGAGGGAGAGAGUAUCUCUCUGGAGUAUCAGAAAAGGAUGUGCGGCAAAUCAUAUGGUAUCAAGUAUUAGCCACAUAUUGGAGCACCGAUAUAAGGAAAGUUUCCUGAAACUAACCAUUUCUUCACAUUCUGCUGGAAGGGGAAGCAAGGAUGGUUUCCUACGCAGACUCUUGUUGAAAGGAACAACAAUAUAUGACAACAAUAUAAGUACAGCAACAAUAUAUGUUACACUACUAUUACAAAUAACAACAGCUAGUAGAGUUAAAAUCAGCAGGGAAUUAUCCAAAAAUAACGAUAAUGAUCUGAAGAGGCUUCAUCACAGGCGAAGAACGGCCAGAGAUAUCCAUAGAGGAAUUGGAGGAAGCAGCGGACAAGAUAAAGGAACAAAAAGAACCAAAAAGAGACGGAGUACUACCAGGUGUUCGUUAAGCAUAAUCCUCAGAACAUAA